AUGACAGAUGGUGGCGUGGACCCUGGUGGCGUGGACCCUGGUGGCGUGGACCCUUGUGGCAUGGACCCUGGUGGCAUGGACCGUGGUGGUGUGGACCCUGGUGGCGUGGACUGUGGUGGUGUGGACCGUGGUGGCGUGGACCGUGGUGACGUGGACCCUGGUGGCGUGGACCCUGGUGGCAUGGAUGAUGGUAGCUUGGACCCUGGUGGCGUGAAUGCUGGUGGCUUGGACCCUGGUGGUGUGGACCCUGGUGGCGUGUACCGUGAUGGCGUGGACCCUGGUGGCGUGGACCCUGGUGGCAUGGACCCUGGUGGCUUGGACCCUGGUGGUGUGGACCCUGGCGGUGUGCACGUUGGUGGCUUGGACCCUGGUGGCUUGGACCCUGGUGGCAUGGACCCUGGUGGCUGGUACCAUGGUGGUGUGGACGUUGGUGGCUUGGACCCUGGUGGCUUGAACCCUGGUGGCGUGGACUGUGGUGGUGUGGACCCUGGUGGUGUGGACCCUGGUGGCGUGGACUGUGGUGGUGUGGACCCUGGUGGCGUGGACCCUGGUGGCUUGGACCAUGGUGGUGUGGACGUUGGUGGCUUGGACCCUGGUGGCUUGGACCCUGGUGGCGUGGACUGUGGUGGUGUGGACCCUGGUGGCGUGGACCCUGGUGGCGUGGACCCUGGUGGCUUGGACCCUGGUGGCGUGGACCCUGGUGGCUUGGACCCUGGUGCUGUGGACCCUGGUGGCAUGGAUGCUAGUGGCUUGGACCCUGGUGGUGUGGACCGUGGUGACGUGGACCCUGGUGGCGUGGACUGUGGUGGCUUGGACCCUGGUGGCGUGGACCCUGGUGGCAUGGAUGAUGGUGGCUUGGACCCUGGUGGCGUGAAUGCUGGUGGCUUGGACCCUGGUGGUGUGGACCCUGGUGGCGUGGACCCUGGUGGCAUGGACCCUGGUGGCUUGGACCCUGGUGGUGUGGACCCUGGCGGUGUGCACGUUGGUGGCUUGGACCCUGGUGGCUUGGACCCUGGUGGCAUGGACCCUGGUGGCUUGGACCAUGGUGGUGUGGACAUUGGUGGCUUGGACCCUGGUGGCUUGAACCCUGGUGGCGUGGACUGUGGUGGUGUGGACCCUGGUGGUGUGGAUCCUGGUGGCGUGGACUGUGGUGGUGUGGACCCUGGUGGCGUGGACCCUGGUGGCUUGGACCAUGGUGGUGUGGACGUUGGUGGCUUGGACCCUGGUGGCUUGGACCCUGGUGGCUUGGACCAUGGUGGUGUGGACGUUGGUGGCUUGGACCCUGGUGGCGUGGACCCUGGUGGCGUGGACCCUGGUGGCUUGGACCCUGGUGGCGUGGACCCUGGUGGCUUGGACCCUGGUGCUGUGGACCCUGGUGGUGUGGACGUUGGUGGCUUGGACCCUGGUAGCUUGGACCCUGGUGGCGUGGACCCUGGUGGCUUGGACCCUGGUGGCGUGGACUGUGGUGGUGUGGACCUUGGUGGCGUGGACCCUGGUGGCAUGAACCGUGGUGAUGUGGACCCUGGUGGCAGCAGAGUGAGGGACACUGCAGUCCCCGUGGACCCCCUGCAGCCCUAA